AGAACACCUACUAUGUUAAGUGCAUGUGUGCAAUAACACAAUUCGCCUUUGCGCUCCUUCUAAACAACGUGAUUUCAAAACGUUUGCAAAGCUUCUAGUUGAGCACAUCACUGUCCCCUGCCUGACAUCCUGUGUGUAAGUCAGUGGGCCAGAUGUCCUUUCCCACCCCGUUGUACUCCCAUGCGGGCCGCGGGCCUUUCACUGACGUGUACGAGCCAGCCGAGGAUUCCUUCCUCUUGAUAGAUGCCCUUGAGCAGGAUGCUGACAGACUGAAGAAAAUUAGCCCUUCUGUGUGUCUAGAGGUGGGCAGUGGCUCUGGGGUGGUGUCCGCCUUUCUGGCAUCCGUGAUCGGACCUACAGCUCUAUACCUCUGUACUGAUGUGAACCCCGCAGCAGCCAAAUGCACACUGGAGACGUCUCGCUGUAACGGCGUUAGUCUGCAACCCAUCAUCACUGACUUGGUGGACUCUCUCUUGCCAAGGUUGUGUGGAAAAGUGGACGUUCUUUUAUUCAACCCUCCUUAUGUCGUCACACCAUCAGAAGAGGUGGGUAGCAAGGGCAUUGAGGCAGCCUGGGCUGGUGGGAGGUGGGGCCGAGAGGUGAUGGACAGGUUCUUCCCGCUGCUUCCAAAGCUACUGUCCAAUCAGGGGUUGUUUUACCUGGUCACUGUGGCAGAGAACAAUCCAGAGGAGAUCACCACUCUGCUGAAGAAGUUUGGCCUGCAGGGGGCGCCUUGUCUGUCCCGACGAACUGGUCCAGAGAGCCUGUCUGUUCUGCGCUUCCACAGAACAACGUGAUCCUCCCUAUCCCACAGAGACCAUGAACCUGGUGCUCUGACCACAGCGGUUUUAGCUUCAUCUCAACAACCAUGAGUGGUCACCUGAACUUGAAUGUAAAUUGAGUGAAAGCCACUGUGGGUUCAUGGGAGCAUUGGUCAAAUAAGUGACCAUGUCUCAAGACUUUAACCCAAUGCACUAUACAAAGGUUAACAGGCUGUCCAUGCUAAGGAGUGUUCAAGUUUCCUUGAACCUGUUUGUAUUGGGAGAGGAUCCAGUCAGUGUCAGUAUUGAAGACAUGUGGUACAGGUAGAAUUGACAUGCUGACUACACCGGGCACGUGCAUGUUGAUUUUAUUCAUCCACACCAGACGCCAUCAGGAGACGUAUGUUAAAAUAUCUAGAUGAACUCUGAACCAACUAUAUUAAUUUGGGGACAGGUCAAAACAUUCAUGGACAUUUAGCUACCUUGCUAUUGCUAGCUGAUUUGUCCUGGGAUGUAAUUAAACAUUGGAUUGUUAUUUUACCUGAAAA